GUUGUGUAUGUUGGUCAGCUGUAUUGUAGGUGUCCUUCAUCAUGUUGUUUCAAUUGAUGAGAAGAAUAUAUCCCAUCAAUUAUAUGCAGCCAUCGUGUACAUUUCACUAAUGGGACUUCAUGAGUUGUUGUGGUUAUGAAUGCUACAAUCAUAGACACCAUGUGUGUUAUAGCCGUGAGUUUUUAAAACAUCGUUAUAACCAUCGAAACUUAGACAGCAUUUUCAUUAUUUUUCAAACAAUCGAUAGGUUAACCUUUACUUAAUUAACGUUUUAGAAUACACAUGUCCUGCAAACACAUUUUGUUAGCUUUGAAUGCUACAAACAUGGGAUCUUCCAAUAGAUACAUAAUUCCUAGUUUAGCAGCCGUCAUUUUUGUACUCAUCGUUUUCUCAGCUAUAUUGGAACGGGACUUCUCCCCAGAUCGAAUGAAUCAUAAAAACGUUAUCCAGGAUAGCAGGCCGAAACGGAUAAGUGCAAUACAUUCAAAACAAGAUGCAGAUGUAAUACAAACUGAUGAAACUACAGAGUUAAAAACUGUUGUUGUUGACAGUGAGUCAAGUGAUAUAGUGAAUAAUAAUGAGUUCAAAGCUGUACUGGAGAUUACGAAAGCAAAUGACAGAACAUUGAAUGAAGCGUUGCACAACAUUAGAGUAAAUGGAAAGGAUGUUCACAACUUUUUAGACAUAGAGAAAAUAAUACAUACUGAUUUCUAUAAAAACCUUUCCAAGAUUUCACGAAAAUGGAAUGAAAAAAGAGUAAACACAUUGACGUUAACUGGACCCUAUCUAGCCCAAAUAUUCAACUGGCUCGUUAGCGCACAUUUGCGACUUAAGGAACCAAUUGGAACGACACUAUUAGUAACACCAGAUAAAAAAUUGAAACACUUUCUAGACAACAGAAACAUCGACUGUAUUUGGGUAGAUACGUCUGAGUUUAUGCCUUCCCUUUUAAGCGAAGAUUGUAACUUCCCGAAGUGUAUCUGGCAUAUUCGCCUGAUGGUGUGGCGGUCGUUAAACCACCUUGGGUUUGAUGUGGUCAACUAUGAUAGCGAUGCCUUGCCACUCCUUAACCCAAAUCCACUUUUUAAUAUGUUUCCAAAGAGUGAUAUCAUAGGAGCGAAGGGAAAUAAGAAAGGAGUAAUUAGUCAAACAUGGACUUUAGCACUCAACAUGGGAUGUGUGUUAUUUAAGAGCUCCCUGGAGAAAUCGUCAUUUUGGGAGUUUGGUCACAACUAUACGAAGACACUGAAUUCUCUGAACACUGAUCAAGGAAUAGUGAACUAUAUACUUUACGGAAUGAAUACAACUAGGUCUAAAUCCAUCACCAACCUAUGUAGUGGUCCCACGUGCUCUGAUUGGGUUUGGGAAGGGACUGGAAAUAAUGGCCUAAAGGUGACAAUUCUGUCAAAAGAAUUGGCGUGCAGGGCUGUUGCAUGCAAGACUGCAGUCAACCUAAGCACUGUUACCGUGUGGCAUCCGUCUAAGAACGCCGAUUCAGCCGGGGAUGUAUGGUUUCUUAAAAAUGACUGGCAGAGACAUCUUUCUGCAGCUGACCCAUCAGUUCCAUUUCUAUCCUGGCUUUCUAAUAUUGCAAACUUUUCAUCAUUUGAUUUGUCAACCUUUAAUCAUACGCUUUGA